AUGGAUCCGACGGUUGAGGUGAUCUUGGGACGGCCAGCGGUUGAGGAUUCCACGGAUGAAAGUUACGGAGAAUUUAUCUUGUUGGGGUAUGUUUUCUUGAUCUUUUCAUUGAAAUUUGUGGUUUUUAGGGAAUGAAUUAUGUGUGAUUAGGUUGUGUAUUUCAUAAACCGACUAUUCCAAUCAAAUUAAAACGAAAUUUCAUCUAUUUCCAAAGAGAACAAGUUUCGGAUCAAGAACAUCAAAUUUGCGGCUAAAAUAAGGUUUUCUUGAAAAAGUUUUAUUUUAAACGAGGUUAACCCUGUUCUCUGGCGAUUGUACCAAGAUGUACUCUUCAAUACUAAUUCAGUUUCCGGUCAACAAUAUUUAGUUUGGCCCAAGUUUUUGAAUGAAAGCCUCAUUUUAUUCAUGACGUUUUUAUGGAUUGUUGUUUUUGUUCCAAACUCGCAUGUGACCAGGUGUUCUUGCAUCAUGUUUUUGUUUACAAUUUGUGCGCAUUCGAUCUGUCGCAGGUUUCGUAAUUUAUAGCCAUUAACACCAUGUAUGGUAUACCUGAUAAGGGUGCAAAAAAAUUCGUUCUUCGGCCUCACAUGACCCGGCGAAUACAAAUAACAUUCCACUGGUCACGUUAUUCACAAGGGCAGUUAAAGUUCUGGCAAAAACUAGACAGAAAGACUUUGAUAAGGAGAUAAACUGAUAAGAAAAUCGAAAGUUCGAUGUGUUUUGGAAAACAAUUUAUGAGCUUUUUGUGUUAUAAAGCUGGGAACUGAAAUUUGAAAGCUAAUUAAAAAAAGAUUAAGAUAUUUUAUCAAGAAUCCUCAAUUCACGACCUUAUUUUAGGUACAAUGGCCCACCAGACAGUGCAAGUCUCCGAUGCUCCACAAACGGCCGUAAACACCGCUCCAAAAUGACCUUCCGAGUCCGUGAACAGGCCAAUGGAAUAAAGAAAGCAGGCAUCUCGGAAACAAAGCAGAACCCACUUCAGAAUGACGUGAGUUUCUAUUCUCCUUUCCUUUUCUUCAAAUUUUAGGUUAAUCAAACUGAUUUUGUCUUCUUCCAGGCGGUAAAAGACUCAUCUAAGCACGUGGUGUCCUACUUGUAUUAUAAAGGUCAUGCAGUGCUUGUGGAGUAUGAAAUUGAUCAAGCCAAGGACAUGUUCCAGGUAAAAAUUGAUAUUAUACUAGCUAUCAAAAACGGCAUCGUGAAAGACAAACAGAUAUUAACAAAAUCGAUUUCAGAUUGGUCGCUCAUCCGAACCACAGAUUGAUUUUACCAUUGUGGACACUUGGCUAGCCGCCUCCAGCCCAGGGUCGGUCCUCAGUCCUCUUGGACAUCAUCGAAGUCAGAAAGUGAAAAGCGUCAAUGCCAAAGGAGAGAAACAAGUAUCGUCGACGAUCUCUCGCUACGCUUGCAGAAUCCUGGCCGAUCGAGAAGAGCCCAACAAAUGUUACGUUUACGCGGCUGGCUUUGACACCUCAAGGAACAUCUUUUUGGGGGUAAGUUGAUGGGUAAAGUGAGUUAUUAGUGUAUUUUCCAGAUUAUUUUGAAAUGAUCUGGCGUAGUUAUUAGUUGAGCGGGAUUUUGGUAAAGGUUCUUUCUAAAUUUCGAGAGGAUUUUACCAUUUUCUUAAGAGUUAUAUCAAAAUCUUUACGGUUCAUGUCUAGAGCAAUAGAAUUUUCUUGAAAACUUUUAAUAUUCCUCUAAUUUUAGGAGAAAGCGACCAAGUGGCAAAAGAAGAAUGGAGAAUUCGAUGGCCUCACCACCAAUGGUGUCUUAAUUUUACACCCAAACCGCAGUGCUGACACCGAAAAUCAGGAGAUGUACAUCUGGAGAGAGGUCUCUGUAGAUGGAGAAAUCUACACUCUCAGAGAGACCAGGUCAUCUACAAAGCGAGGGGACCUCGUUCCGGACGAGACUAACCAACUGCAAGACGGAACUCUGAUUGAUUUAUGUGGAGCAACACUUCUUUGGAGAUCAGCUGAAGGUCUAAAACAAAGCCCAUCAACGGCCGAGUUGGAACGACGGUUGGAUGAGUUGAAUGCAGGUGAGAGUUUGAAGAUUUUUCUUGAUGUUUAGGUUGAUUAGAAGUGGAGUGGAUGGUAUUUUUUGAAGGUCGAAUACUAAAAGUUAUUAGAGAAGCACUUGACACAUAGAGUCAAGUGUGGCACUGGUGUAAAUCAGGUGGUUAGAAGCAGGGGUGGUCAGUGGGCCGGGCCGGCCCGUCACGGGCCGGCCCGGCCCGGCCCAAACGGGCCGGCCGGGCUCAAAAAUGGAAAAUUACAAACGGGCCGGGCCCGUCACGGGCCGGGCCGCGGGCCUGGGGUUUUUCCGGCCCGGCCCGUCUAAAUUACAAUGCCAAACCGUUGGCAUUCAUUGUUUUCGCGCCGGGAAAAUUAAUUGAUGUUGUUAUAGUUGCUGUUUCUCAAGUUCUAAAACGUUUACAAGUCUAUAGUUCCAUUAUAAAACCACAAAACUAUCACAUUGAUCCUUUACUAGCUAUAUCAACGCCUUUUUUGCCUAAGUUUAGAUCCCAAGCUUGGGCGCAGUUCGCAGAACCCUCUAUAAACGGGCCUGCACGGGCCGGGCCGGGCCGGGCCAGGCCCGUCACGGGCCGGGCCUGGAAAAAGACUAGACGGGCCGGGCCGGUAAUUAGACGGGCCGGGCCGCGGGCCGAAAAUCGGAAAAAUAGGGUCCGCUGACCACCCCUGGUUAGAAGAAGGAUGUCUGGUUUAUUGCUCUCUAAUUUACGGUUAAGAGACUUUUACAGCAUCUUCGUCAAGUUUUGUUGAAAGAUUUAUUGGUAGUUGUAUUAUCUAUGAUUUUUUUUGAGAAAAUUUAUUUAUUUUUCUUUUAAUUUUAGGUAAACCACAAUGCCCCGUCAACCUCAAUACGUUGAUAAUUCCUCGGAAACGCACGACGAAGAACAGCAACAACUCCAAACAGCCAUAUGUCUACCUGAGAUGCGGCCAUGUACAAGGUAAACACAAUUGGGGCGUUACGCAGACUGGAGCCUCGGAAUGCGCAUUUAAAUGCCCGAUUUGUAUGCUGGAGAGCGACGCCAUCCUUCAGCUGACAAUGGGAAUGGAGUCAGCUUUCCAUUUGGACUCGGAUUCAUUGGAUUACGCCUUCAAUCCGUGUGGUCAUGUGGCGAGCAAAGCUACUGUUAGGUAAGUAAUUUUAUGGUUGUUUUUUGAUGUUUAGGAAGGAGAACGAAGGUCAGAGAAGGUCUAAAUAUGGGGUUGGAGAAAGUUGAAAAGUGUUUUUUUGGAAUCUUCGGCGGUUUUUAGCUUUUUGGAGGCAGUUCUGACCUUGUUUUAGACGAAUUGUCGUUGUUUCUUGGCUUUAGAAAGAGGAUAAAUUUAGGAAGAGGUUUUCUCUUUAGAGAUUGUAAUUUCUAUGCUUUUGAGGCCAUUUGGACGAAAUCUCGGCUUUGUUUUAGGCAUCUUAUUAUUAUAUUAUACUUGAUGAUUAACCGUCGAUUUUUUUAGCUAUUGGUCCCGAAUCCCCCUGCCUCAUGGAACGAACAGCUUCUACCCGGUGUGCCCCUUCUGCACCACCCUCUUGGACAUGAAAAAACCACACGUUAGACUGAUCUUCCAGGAUCAUUGCUACGAUACCUAA